GGUUGUUGCUCACUGUGUCGACGCAAUCGCGUUAAAGGAAACAAAAAUUGUAAAUCUGAAAAAACUGCCGGAGCUAAAAUGAAGAAAGAACUGAGAGUUGUUCUGUAUGUACUGAAUCUCGCGGUGACAUCAUUGGCAGCGGAACCCGCAUGUCCCGUGUGCUCGCGAUAUAAUUAUGAGGAAAUGUUAUUAGAGCGAGUUAUCCGCAAUGAGCUGGCCCUGGAACACACGCUUAAAGACAUCAAAGAAACAAAUACAAAGGUUGUGGAUGCAUUGAGGAAGCUUCAAGAUGAAAACGAUAAAGUCAACAUUGUUAAUGCAGCAAUGGAACGUAAACAGAUUGUUAUGGAAGCAGCAUUGAACGAUUCCAUUAAAACGGCGCUGACAAACGUGUCUGAAUCUCUUACUCAUGUGCUGACUGAAUCGGUAUGAGCGAUCAAAGAAAUGGAAGGCAGAGUUGACCUUAUUAAAGGAGAGCUGCAGAUCCCAACAAUACAGUUCCGUGCCAAGCUCGCCUCCUCUAUAACUGUCAGCAGUGGCCAAGAUGUAGUGUUUACACGAGUGGAGGUCAACGAAGGUCGUGGCUAUGACAAAGGAACAGGAAAGUUCACCGCCUCUGUUGCCGGUCUAUACCACUUUGCCGUUCACUAUUGCACUCAAAGUUCGAACUGGGUUUCACCGGAGAUUGUACACAACGGCAAGUCUCUGCAAACGUCAACCCACUACGGGGCUUCUGCACAACAAUGCUCGUCACUGCAGGCCUAUGUCGUGAUGUCCAUGGGUGACAUGGUCUGGGCGAUAUCUACACCCCAUUACACUAGUUACUUUUUUCAUUCUGACGGUUGGGCUGACAAUACAUUUUCUGGGGUACUGCUUCAUGCAUAAUAUCCAAAUGAUGUGUACAUAGAAACAAAUAAUGGACUUAGUUUUAGAAACAAUUAAUACGUUUUACUGUAAUUCUUGUUGCAUUUGUUCUAUUACGCCAGUAUUUGA